ACACAACACCGGUUUGGAUAUGAGGUCAUUUCAAGAAAGAAAGUCGCCAUGCUGGGAAAUAAAAGACGUAGGAAACCUCUGCAGGAUGCUGAGCAUCACAUUACCUGUAAAACUGACAAGCCUGGGCUUCGAGAGCAGUUCAUCAGCAAAUAUAAAGGGCGUGGAGUUUUCACCACUGGAGCUUUUUUCAGAGGUGAUUUUGUUCUUGAAUACAGAGGUGAACUUCUGAGUUCACAGGAGAGUCUGGACCGAACUGAACACUACACUGAAGCUGAGAACACGUUCCUGUUUGAUUUUCAGUGGCAUGGCAAAAAUUGGUGCAUGGAUGCAUCUAAAGAAGACUCGUCUUUGGGAAGACUUGCAAACGAUGAGACCAGAAAUCCUACUUGCAAAAUGAGAACCGUUGAAGUGAGCAGAAAACCUCACCUGUGUCUGUUUGCUGUACGAGACAUUCUACCAGGAGAGGAAAUCACUUACAAUUAUGGAGACUCAGAUUGGCCAUGGCGAGUCAAGACUUUGAAUAAAGCAUCAGAAUCCACUGAUAAAAAGCCAGCCAGCAGUUUGCGCCUGCAUAAAUCCCCCCAUUGUGCAGUUUCUGUUUCCUCUCCUGAACUGGACAAGGUAAACAGCAAUGGUCCUCAUAAGCAGUCAGGCAAAUCAAGAACAUCAAGGAAUAAAACGAAGCAGUUCCGAUCAAGACUGUUACAGUCAUCCUCAGUCGCAUCCACAUCUGAUGCACCCUCUUCAUCGGCACCCUGUGCUUUGUUCACCUCUAUAAUGGCCUUAUCAACCUCAUGCCCUCCUGCCCUGUCCUCAUCACCGUCAACCACCACCUGCGCCACCCACGUCACCUUCAACCUCGCCUCCCUCAUCCUCAUCCUCAGCCCUCAUCACCUCAUCUGA